CGACAUUUCAAACUUGACUUCGGGUUGAGGCGGUUCACAAUCGAGAGCACGGAAAUAUUCACAACGGAUUCGUAUUACGGCUAUUACAGUCGUUAUUAACGUUAGGAACAGUCGCUGCCUGUUCCAAGCUCAGCUGUUUUGAAUUUUGCGAUCGCGAAAAAGCUGUUUCUAAUCAUAAAAAAUAAUUCGAACAUUUUACUGGUGACUUGUGCAAAAUACUUACAAUUCAGAACUCAAGCUCAGACGUUCCGGGAAUUCAAAGAGCUAAUUGGCUUUAGCAAUUAAGUAAAUUCAGCGAGACGCGAUAAAAGCGACGAAUACCAAAGCAAAUCAAAUGAUGUGUGAUGCGUUGCAAGUGGCAAGUUGCAUGCAACAGUACAUUUAGUACACUACGACCAUAGGCUAAACGGGUGCAAAAUCCAGAGAGGGCACACCGAAAGGUGCUCGAAAGUGACAAACUUAAUGCUUUUGUGAAUGCAAUUUGUGCGAGAGCAUAAGAACAAAAUGCUGGAGGUGGACAAGAUGUUGGAGAAGUGCGGCGACUUCAGUCGGAUGCAGUGGUUAAUGUUGUUGCUCUUCAGUCUGAUCAAUUUGCUAUCAGCGCUGCAUUAUUAUUCACAAACAAUCAUCAGUUUUGUGCCCAAGUAUUGGUGUACGGAUGACUUGCCGCCAGGCUUUGAACCACCAGAUAAAUCGAGUUGCUUGCCACAAGGUGUGAACGCAAGCAGCUCAGAUAAAUGUCAUAGCUACAAUUACGAACUCUACAUGGGAUACAAGAGUUUCCCCAGCGACAUGAACUGGAUAUGCGAUAAAGCCUGGCAACUGACCCUCGGCCAGUCCAUGUUCUUUGUCGGCUCCGUGGUGGGCACUUUGACCCUGGGUUACCUUGCGGAUAUUCUCGGUCGUGUGCCCAUUAUGAUUGUGGCCAAUCUGAUUGCCAUGUUGGGCAACAUGUUGACAAUAUUUAGCAGCAAUCUGCUGCUCUUCUGUACAUUUCGCCUGAUUUCUGGCUUUGCAACGGACAGCAACUUUCUGAUGAUGUAUAUAUUGGUCAUGGAAUAUAUGCGACCAUCUCUACGCACCAUUGGUCUGAGUAUCUGCAUUGGCAUUUUCUACUGCAUCGGCUCGAUGAGUGCACCUUGGAUAGCUGUAUUAAUGGGAAGCUGGUGUGGUUAUUUACUGGUCACCUCGCUGCCUCUUGCUCUGGUGCCACUCUUCUACUUCAUUGUACCGGAGAGCGUUCAAUGGUUGAUUUCGAUGCAGAAAUAUGAACGGGCUGCACGUUGCCUCAAGCGUGUGGCAAAGAUCAAUGGCCGACACGUUGAGGAGAGGGAAUACGAUCAGUUUAUUGAGGAUUGCAAAUUGCGUCAGCAAACCACGAAGACCACACCCAACCUAUUGGAUCUAUUUAAGACGCCACGUUUACGUCGCAACACGCUCAUCUUGUUCUUUAAAUCCAUGGUCAUUACCCUCUGUUAUGAUGCCGUUUCCCGUAAUGUGCAGGGCCUUGGCAUUUCGCCAUUUGUCAUGUUCUCAUUGAGCGCCACAACAAUUUUCCCAGCUUGCCUGCUGCUCAUCGCUCUCCAAGAUCGCAUCGGACGCAAGGCAAUGGCUUCCAUGUCGCUUCUGAUCAGUGGCAUUUUAAUAUCGGUCACUUGCAUUGUUCUCUUCGCUGCCAUUGCCGAAAAUAAUCAAACUACGACUUUACUAGUGACACUCUCGGUAAUCGGUAGGUUUGGUGUCACUGUGGCCUACAACUCGGGUGCCCAGUACGCCACGGAGCUAAUCCCGACCUGUGUGCGUGGACAGGGCGUGGCAGCAGUGCAUGUCAUGGGCUAUUCCUUCACCUUCUUCAGCGCCUACAUUUUGUAUACGCGAACAAUAUUCUCACCUUUGCCGGAAAUCAUACUCGGCUUGUUGUCGCUGCUGGGUGCCGGAUUAUGUCUGCUGCUGCCGGAGACACUUCACCGCACGUUGCCGGCAUCGCUGGAGGAUGGCGAGAACUUUGGCAAGAAUGAGCAUUGGUACACCUUCAGCUUCAUGGAGAAACGCACAGAGUCGGUGGCCAAAUUGGCUCCCGACAGAGCCAAGUCACUAUCAAGCUCUAUAGAUUCCUCUCACUAUUUUUAGCACAAUUGCUUAAGUACGAGAACGAGUAAGAGUACGAUUCUAGUGAAUGUUAGCAUACUUUUAAGCUCUCACUUAAAGAUACCAUAUACUUCAGUCAAUGCACUUGUUUCCUUUGUAAAAACCUUGGCAGGGUUAAAACACUUAUUUCAGAACUUUAUCAUUGUGCAGAUAAAGCAAUUUAUUUAAGUGAACUUAAUUCCACAAUAUUAGCUAUUUUGUAGUCUACUGUAUUAGCA